CGGUUCGCUCGGUCACAUAACACUCAGCCCCGCCACAAAGCAUCAGCGCCAGAGGGCUGCAGAGUGAGUGAACAUGGACCAGGUUACGAAAGACACCGAGUCGCUCAAGCUCGGCCACUCAAACGCCAAUGGAGACGCCCAUCCAGACAUCACCGCGAUGCUGCCGGAGCUGCCGCCCGGCCGCGCCCUGAACGCGGGCAUGACGCUCGAGGAGACGGUGGCUGACCUCAACAAGCACCCGCUGUUCAUGACGGAGCUCGACACCUCCGGGGACAACGAGGAGCUGGCGGCGCUGCAGGCGCUCGCCUACGAGGGCACCCCGCUCGAGAACGCGACCAACUUCAAGGAGCAGGGCAACGAGUGCUUCCGCGAGAAGCGCUGGGCGGACGCGAAGGAGUUCUACGGAAAGGGCAUCGCCAUCUUGUCCGCCGAGGAAUCGAGGAGGGCGAAGGGCGGGAAGAAGAGGGUACAGAAGGCGGCCGGCCCGCUGGAGCUGAAGCCGGACGCGGAUGCGGACGACUCUGCCAAGCCGGAGGCGCCCAACCCACCCAACGAUGAGGAGUUUGAGGAGGUAGAUGACGACCCGGCCGAAGUCAAGUCGGAGCAAGCCCUCCUCGAGACGCUGCACAUCAACCGCGCAGCCUGCCACCUCGAGCUGCGCAACUACCGCUCCUGCACCCUCGACUGCGCCGCCGCCCUCCGCCUCAACCCGCGCAACAUCAAAGCGCUCUACCGCUCCGCGCGCGCCCUGCUGGCCGUCAGCAGGCUCCCCGAAGCCCGCGACGCCUGCGCGCGCGGCCUGGAGCUGGACCCCUCCAACAAGCCGCUCCAGACGCUCUCGGGAGAAAUCAGCAAAGCCGCCGAAGCCGACGCGGCCCGCGCCGCGCGCGAGGCGGAGCUCGCCUCGCAGGCGCGCCGCCGGGCCGCGCUGCUCAAGGCGGCGCUCGCGGCGCGCGGCAUCCGCACGCGGGCCACGGGCCGGCCGCCGGACAUGGAGGACGCGCGGGUGGCGCUGGCGCCCGACGACCUGGACCCGGCCAGCGCGCUGGUGUUCCCCACCCUGCUGCUGUACCCGUGCCACCUGGAGAGCGACUUCAUCAAGGCCUUCAGCGAGCGCGAGUGCCUCGACCAGCACUUCGGCUACGUCUUCCCGCUGCCCUGGGACCGCGCCGGCGAGUACAGCGCCGCCGGCGUCGAGUGCUACGUCGAGAGCGUCAGUGGCGGCUUGGUGAAGGUUGGGAGGAAGGUGCCGCUCUUGCAGGUGCUGGCCGGGGGCAACGUGGAGGUGGUGGAUGACUUGCUGAAGGUGUUUGUUGUGCCCAAGGCGAGGGCGGAGGGCUGGGUAAGGGAGUGGAAGGAGAAUAAGAAGAAGGAGCAGGCGGGUGGGGGGCAAUGACCACCUGGCAGCUGGGGCGGGGAAAAAUAAAAUAGGGCCAUGAUAUGAUACCCGGAUGAGACAGACAGGAUGGCAGGGGGAGCGCAACCGGCGUUGAGGCUGCUUGGAAGAGCAGGAUGCUCGGUGCCUUACGUUGGACGCUAUCCCCAUGAGGAUUCGGCAGCCCGAGAUGGCGGCAUGCAUGUGCGGAAGACACGCCCCUGGCAGCGCCCCUGAAGUAGGGAAAACAAGACUGCAUUGUGUCGUCCCGUCAAACGCCGUGACCACUAAGGCACCGCGUUCUAUGCUAUCGGUCUACUCACAAACCAGAUGCCGCCCACGCCACGAAACCCUGUGCAUGCCCGCAACGCAAUGCGCAGACAAACCAAACGCCCGCACCCCUGAAACCAGGCUAGCCAAGCCGCGACUCCCUACGCGCCUAUUCUGAGCCCUCAUCCGAGUA